GGACCCGAACGUGAGUUAUCAACACAGCGCGUGAGCUGUAACGGAGUGUGUCUGGAGGAAAAGCUGCUGUAAACAUGUCUAAAGUCCAAACGCUGAGAGCUUUUGUCCAGCAGCGACUAAGUGCGGCUGCUGAAGAGAUAUUUGAGCUGUUUGAAAGAACGAUAGCAGAGUACGAGGAGGAACUUUGUGGACAACGCAAACUACUGGACGCUGUUUUCAAGCCUGAAGUCCGGUUACACAGAGCAGAUGUCCAGCUGCUUAUGAAUAAAGAAGAGGUUCCCCCUGAGCAGCACGAGUGGUGCCCCAGUCUGGACCAGGAGGACCCACCGGAGCCCCAACACAUUAAAGAGGAGUGGAGCCCCAGUCUGGACCAGGAGGACCCACCAGAGCCCCCACACAUUAAAGAGGAACAUGAGGAACUCUGGUCCAGUCAGGAGGGAGAUCAGCUUCAAUGGUUGGAGGAGGAUGAUACCACCAAAUUCACAUUCACUCCUGUCCCUGUGAAGAGUGAAGAGGAUGAUGAAGAGAAACCUCAGUCCUCACAGCUUCAUCAAAGACUAACUCAACAGAUGGAAACAGAGGCUGAUGGAGAGGACUGUGGAGGACCAGAACCAGCCAGGAACUCAGAUCCAGAUAGACAUUUACAACCAGAUACUGAUGACAAGACGUCAGACUCCUCUGAACCUGAGACUGAUGACAGUUGUGAUUGGGAGGAGACCAGGGAACCUCAGUCAGGUUCAAACCCUCUGCAAAACUACGAAUUACCUUUAUGUGAUGUGGAAUGUAAUACAGGAAAAACAUCAAGUUGCUCCUCUGAAUGUGCUACAGGCUUUGGCCACAGGGGACAUCUGGAGGAAGACACAGAAAUCCAAACUGGAGAGAAACCGCUUAGUUGUUCUGUCUGUGGUAAAAGAUUUACACGAAGCUCACAUUUGUCCCGACAUUUGAGAGUUCAUACAGGGGAAAAACCUUUCAGCUGCUCAGUUUGUAAAAAAUGUUUCAGUCGCAGAGGCCAUUUAUCCAAACACAUGCAAACCCACACAGGAGAGAAACCCUUCAGCUGCUCAAUUUGUAAAAAAAGUUUUCUAGGUAAAGGAGAUGUUUUGAGGCACAUGAGAAUCCACACAGGAGAGAAACCCUUCAGUUGUUCUGUCUGUGGUAGAAGAUUUGCUGAAAGUUCAAGCUUGACGUCACACUUCAGAGUUCAUACAGGAGAAAAACCUUUCAGCUGCUCAGUUUGUAAAAAAAGUUUCAGUCGCAGAAGCAAUUUGUCCAAUCACAUGAGAACCCACACAGGGGAGAAACCAUUUAUUUGCAGCAUUUGUGAUAAAAGAUUCACUCGGCAGGCUCAUCUCAAACAACACAAGUGUCCUGCUGAGAGCAAAAGAAAUAAAUCAAGAUGCUUGUUGAGGCCGAUCCUUCCAGCAGGAUUAAAGUACUGAGGGCUUUUUUGCUUGUGUCUACAUUACUUGGUUGUUUCCCAGGUGCUUUUUGCAGGCAUGCACACUCCUCACCUUUCAGCGAUAUUUGCUGUUUUGAAACCAAAAUGGGUCACCUACGUGAUUUGUGCAGAUCUGAUGAGAAAACAUAUUGGGGGGGCUACCCGUUUUAUUUACCAAAUCCUCUCCUCUCUAGCAUGAGCUUUGCAACUUUACAACUGGCUGUGCCUAACCAACAGUCACUCCUAAUGCCUCAACCCAACAGCCAAUCAUAGGCAGAGUAGGGCGGGUCUUUUUUCUAGUCUGCCACACUGUGGCAUCUGGCAGUGGUACACACUCUUUUUAUAUAUAGUCUAUGGACACACCAAACUGCCAAUUUUAUAACUUUGCCCACAUUUAUACAGGCAGCACCCUGGAAAUAAUGUAGGCUAACGUCAAUAGGAUAAAACGUGUCGGCAUCUGUGUUAUUUACACUGGGGACACGUCCCCAUCACUUUUUGAAAGCAUUUGUUAAAAAUGCUUUGAUAAAUAGCUUGCAACAGGAAAUGGUAAAGAACAAAUGAGCUUCAGCUUGCAAUUUUAAAUUAAGCUUUGCUUGAUUGACUUGAUGAUCUUUCACUGGUGCAGAUUUUAAAUGAUUUGCAUGAUGAUGUUAAUGUUCGAACAUUUGACACUCUGUCCAUUGCUUUUAUUUCAUCUUCAAGGUGAACAUUUUCAGUAGUACCAUUAUUUGUCCUAAAAUUAUUUUCCACAAACUGGAAAAAUUCAUCCGCACUUUGCUGUUAACCAGAUAGUUUUUCCUUUUCUUCCAUGGGUAACAACACAAGCAGAUUGUAAUGUGCAGCUUUUGCCUCAUUAAUUAACUCUUCAUAUUUGCUGAAGCUACCUUUUAUUUAAGCUUCAUAACCAGACUCACAGAUUAAACCUUGAACUGUUUGUAUGAUGUUGGCAGCGUUACUUAAUUUCAAUUGUCUUAGUUCUUUUGUUGUAAGUUUUAGUUUUUUUAACGCAGCUGUUUCCUCAUUAUCAAUCUGAGAUUUAGCAGACACCACAGGUGAUACCUUAAUACCAUCGUAACCUUGAUGAUUUUCAUGAAUUUUACUUUCAUUCAUAUUUCAUUCAAAUAUCAUGAAAUCAGAAAUAAAGCAUAACCAACACUUUAAUUUCUUUGUGUAAAACCUACCCAAAUGUCUCUCAUUUCGAGUCCUUGUUUACUUUAAACCAAAACGUCAGUGCAUUGGAUUUUAUUCUUAAUGCUGGGCACACAUUUUGAUAACUGUAGAUCUUACGUGUGUGUUAGCUACCGUUACCGCUAUUUACUUGAUCUAGACCUGCAUUUGAGUAUCUAAUCUAAUCUGCUAUCGACCUCCGCCGUCUGUCAUCGCGUCCAGCCCACCUCACUGUCCAAUUUGAGACUUGCUGCGCCCAAAAUGCCAGCGGUGAAUGAACAUUGUUUAAACUUGAUGAGUCUUUUCUUUUUCAGAGGUGGUUUUUGACUAGUUGUUGGCGCACCAUUGGUUGUUCAGUACACAUGUUGCUGUCAUGCUGUUUUCUUGUCACGAAAAUAUAAUAAGGUAAAAUAAUAAACUUUCAAAAGUUUUAACUUAAAUUAAAACAUGUCAAUCCAUUUAUUCUCAAAAUAAAAAAUAAACAACUCUCCAACAAUAAACUCUUGACCAAAGUCAGUCUUCAUAGUCCAAACCAUGAUUGCACAGCAUGGGCCUUUCCAAAACUAGUAUUUCCACUCUUGACACGGUGAACUCUGGUCGGAGUCUCCCUCAUAGCCAAAUGAAGCUCCCGAACCCGCGUAGGGUUUAAAUACAACAGCCGACUUUCAGCAUAAAUAGGAUCUGACGUUACCGCUGCACUUACUGCUAUAUGUUUAUCAAAUAAGCUACUAGCUGUAUUAAGAUUCAGGAUGGAUGUUGAGGAAAAGCGUGUUUUGCAAUAACAAAACUGAAAGCAUUUGUCAUUUAUUUUAUGUUUAUUUAUUAAUCAAAUUAUUUUGGUUAGAUUUAGAAUAUUUCUUUAAAAACAUGACUUUACAUAUUUAUGAAAAAGAAAUAUAUUUUAUUAUGAAAAGAUUUGUAUUCACUGUAAAAGAAAAGCCUAUAAGUGUAUUUGAACCUCUAUCUUUAUAUGAAAAUAUUAAAUUUACAAAUACAACAUUUCUAAAUAAAUCAUACAUUAUAUUGAAGCAUUAUAUAGUCUGAAUAAUUUAAAAUAGUUCAAAUGUAUAAAGACUUAACUAUUUUUCUUGUUUUGUGAUCCCCCUGUGGAUAUAGUUGUCAUGUUCUGUUAUAGUCUAUUUUGUAUUGGCUGAAGAUGAAUACGAUUCAAUAAAAACAACAGUUGUAUCGUCUAUCAGACAAGAUAAUUUUUUAUUAAACACAAUUUUGUUAACCUGUGAAAGAUGAUAUGAAAUGUUAGUGCAAUAUCGCAGGCUUAUCCUCCCCACAAAUAGGAAAUAUCAACUUAUUCUCUUGCGACUCAGGGUGUACCGAAACUAGGCGAUCCGUACCGUGCCCGAGCACGUUUAACCCACAAAGUCCAGUUCGUUUGAACAGUGUGAUCGUUCCGUGCCGUGCCGAACCCCAACACAAACUUCACUGUGCCAUGCGAGAGACGCUUUUGUUUUCAAAAGAGUGCAGUGCUUCCCAUAGAAUGACCAUUGAUAUUGACUUCCAGCUAUGUAAAGUGUGCUUAGCUCAACAACCUUGCUGUGAUCUAACGUUAACACAGGUCUCCUUAUUAGCUAGGCUCCUUACAUGCUUGCUAAUAACCUU